GACUCACUCAGUCCAGAUAAGCAAGGCAGCCAAAGCAGCAGAACUGCUCCCAGUUUUAGUUUCUCCUUUUCGGCUGCUAAAAUGGGUGUGUGUGUGUCCCUGCCAGAGCCGGUGAUGGCCGACCAGCCGCUUUCACAACAGGCCAACCAGGCGCUGAAAAAGUCCCACAAAGGAGGCCUCCCCAACGGGAAAGAAGCCCUGCAGGCCCGAGGCCAGUGGGCCAGCAAGGCCGAGUUCCUCCUGGCUGUGGCUGGACAGAUCAUUGGGCUCGGCAACGUCUGGAGGUUUCCCUACCUCUGCUACAAAAACGGAGGAGGCGUGUUCUUUGUUCCCUACCUGCUGUUCCUGGUGCUGUGUGGCAUCCCCCUGUUCCUCCUGGAGACCUCUCUGGGGCAGUACACCAGCCUGGGAGGGGUCAGCGCCUGGAGGACUAUUUGCCCAUUAUUUGGAGGUCUCGGGUAUGCUAGCCAGGUGAUGAUCCUGCAUGGCUGUGUUUACUACAUAGUCAUCCUGGCCUGGGCUCUCUAUUAUCUGUUCCACAGCUUCCAGGCGGAGCUGCCCUGGUCGCACUGCAACAACACCUGGAACACGGAUGCGUGCUUCUUGUUUGAUAAAUACAACCUGUCGGCAAACGUGAGCAGUGUGCCUGAGAACGCCACCUCCCCGGUUAUGGAGUUCUGGGAGCGGGAGGUGCUUCGCCUGUCCAGCACUUUAGAUGAGCUGGGUCCAAUCAGCUGGAAGCUGGCUCUGUGUCUGGCUGUCGUCUGGCUCGUCUGCUACUUCUGUGUUUGGAAGGGGGUGAAGUCUACUGGAAAGGUUGUGUACCUGACGGCCACCUUCCCAUACGUCAUGCUGUUUGUGCUGCUGGUGCGCGGCGCCACCCUGCCGGGAGCAACUCAGGGCAUCGUUUACUACCUCAAACCCAACAUCACCCGCCUGGCUGACCCUCAGGUAUGGAUGGAUGCAGGUACUCAAAUAUUUUUCUCUUAUGGGAUCUGCUUGGGAAGUCUCACAGCCCUGGGCAGUUACAACAAAUACAACAAUGACUGCUAUAAGGACUCCUUCAUGCUCUGCCUCCUGAACAGCGCCACCAGUUUCUUGGCAGGUUUCGCCAUCUUCUCAGUGCUGGGCUUCAUGGCUGAGGAGCAGGGUGUAGACAUAGGCACUGUGGCUCAAUCAGGGCCUGGUCUUGCCUUCAUCGCCUACCCAAGAGCAGUCGCCAUGAUGCCUGUUCCUCAGCUCUGGGCUGUCUGCUUCUUCCUCAUGAUCAUCAUGCUGGGACUCGACACGCAGUUUGUGAGUCUGGAGGCUCUCAUGACCUCGGUGACUGACCUGUAUCCUCACGUGAUCCGGCGAGGAUACCGCAGAGAGUUGCUGCUGCUGUUUGUGUGUGUGGUUUGCUUCCUGGUCGGGCUGGUCAUGGUCACACCAGGUGGCCUCUACGUGUUCCAGAUCUAUGAUCACUUCUCAUGCAGUGGAGCCAGCCUGCUGCUUCUCUCCAUCUUCCAGUCUCUGGCCAUCGGCUGGGUCUACGGAGCCGAUCGAUUCAGUGCCAACAUCAAAGAUAUGACGGGCUACACCCCCAUUUCUGCCUUCAAGCUGUGCUGGAAGUAUCUGACUCCUGCUGUGUGCACUGCAACCUUUAUUUUCUCCUUGGUGUGUUGGUCUCCGCUGAGCCUGGGAAAAGGCCUCGUCGCCCCAGUCUGGGCCACCACCCUAGGCUGGAUGCUGACCCUUUCGUCCGUUUCCCUGCUCCCUAUCUGGGCUGUCUAUGCUCUCCUCACCACUCCUGGAACCCUGCCCCAGCGCUUCCAUCGCCUUUGCAGCCCUGCUGAAAAGUCCUCUACGGGCUUCCAGCACCUCUCCACCAACGGCUCAGCAUUAACCUACAGUCCUGUGCUGCCUCUCAACGGGAAGCCAAAAGAACAAAUCCUAGAACUCAUCCAGGAAAAGAAGACAUGACAAUAAUGAACAUAAUGUAUGCUGCUCAGCCCAUCAGGUUUGCUGAACAGAACAGUAGAGUUUAAGGCUGAUCCCAACAGAAGAGACUGGAUAUCCAUUAGGGAAAUGUUAUUAUUCACCCAAAAAAAAAAACCUCAAACAUAUGCCUUCAAUGUUUAUACAUAAGGAGAAAACAACGCUACAAAAUAAUGCACUGAGAACAGUUUUACUCUGCACCACUUCCUUACAGAGGAGUCGAGUUUGGUUAGCUCCUGUUCUUGUUCCUGGGCAGCGUAUUUGGUUUUUACCAUAGGAAAACAAAAAAACAGCACAAACUCCUGGAUCUUACCCAUUUUUAUAUCUCUUUCUCUCUGUCAUAGCUUUUUUUUUAUGUUACAGUUUAGUCACUGUACUUGAGGACCAUGUAUAACCACAACCCCUCUACUGACGUUCCUUUUGUUUGGCACCAGCACACAGUCCUCAGCUACAGCUAUACUCUCUAUGAGAGACUCAGUGUGUUAGCAUGUCUGCUAAAAUGACUCCAUGAGUCAGACAUGUGAGGUCGAAUGAUUAAUGUGGAGUAUCACUUAGGGCCCUGUCACACCUUGGCGAUUGAGACAGCGUAUGCCUGACGUCCCAGAAUCUUCUAAAACACUGCCAUACGCUGAACUUUCUAUGUAUGUCUUCAAUUUUGUGCGUUUACUAUUCAUAACAAGUCCAGAACUUAUGUCCUACGACAUGGCCUAACUUAUGCAUGAUGCACUGCAGCGUAAUGCCCAUAAAAUGUCACAAGCCCAUGUCCUGAGGGGGCAGCGAUGCACCCGGAGGCGCCCAGUGUGCAUAAAGAUAGUUCUUUGAUCGCGGUAUUAACGUAGCUCCUGUUUACCAAAAA